UCAUGUGUGUGUGUGAUAUUUAAUUUGACUAUUGCACAAAGUUGUCAGAAUAUUUUGUUGUCUUUUUUUUUAUUUUUCUGAUUGAUCAAGAAAGCCAAAUAAAUAAAUAAGCUAAAGAAUCUGUUGUGAGUCUGUUUGAUAAUAAACCUAAAAAAUGCCUAAAGUUGUUUCUCGAAGUAUUCUAUGUACGGAUGCACAGAAUCAUCAACAUGAAAUUAAUAACUAUGAUACGAAUCUACUCGUAUAUGAUUGUAUAUGUGGUCAGAUGUGUUUGAUAAUCAAUCAACCAUUAGAAACGUUACCAUUACGAAAACGAGAUGAAAGCCGUAUACUUGAUCAACAAAAAGAAUUUAUAUAUAAAUUUUAUGCACUUGAUGCUACCGAUGAAGAUUUAAUACAAAUUUCAUAUAAAGAUCAUUUUGAACGUCGGUUUUUUCGCCGAUGUCCACGUUGUCAUCUGGCCGUUGGUUAUCAACAAGAAAUUUCACAACAAACACAGCUUGCAUCCAAAAUGAUUGUAUUUCUUAUGCGUGGUUCGCUAUUGGAACGAUCAAAAGUAGCAUCAUCUGGUUCAUCAAAUCACAAUCAUCGUCAUCAUCAAAAUCAACGUAAAUCAACAUCAUCAUCAUCAAAUGAACAGAAUAAAAUAUUUAUAACAAAAAAAGAAAUGGGUAAAUUUAGUUCAGUUACGGUAUCUACUGUUGAUGAAGAAGAAGAAGAAAUUGAAGCACGUGAAAUAGCCGAUUCUUAUGCUGCAAAUGCCCGAAUAAUUGAAAGACAAUUGGAACGAAAACGAAUGCUAAAUAAACCCAAUACAGAUGUAUCAGCAACAACAACAACAACAACAAUAUUACCUGAAGAUAAUAGUGAGCUUUUGCCCGUCGAAAUGAAAAAGCCUAAAGGAACGUUAAUUGAUAAAAAUUUUUUAUAAAUUUUCUAAUAAUAAAUUUUCAUUUUUUAUUAUGAAAACAUUCUAAUUAUAAUAAGGCCAGCUACUACAGUCAAAAUCGAUGUCCACACUGCUAAUGUUGUUCCUCGAUCUAUAUUAUCACCCUCUGGUCGAUUUUCAUUAUCAUUCGUAUUGAUCAUACUCUGUGUCAUUGUUGUUGUUGGUGGUGGUGGUGGUGUUGAUGCAUU